AUGCAUAAUUUUAUGGUAAGAAUUAAAGCAAACAAUGAGGAGGUAAACAAUUUUAUAAAAUGUUUAUUUAUAGAAACUUUUUGUAAUAGUAAUUUUGAUGAUGACAUCAAAUUGGAUACUCAAAAAAAGAAUGAGAAACAAGAGAGUGAAAAAAAAAAUAGAUAUAUAAUAACUAAAAAGUAUGUAGAUAAUUAUAUGAUUCCAUAUUUGAUUAAAGCUAAUAAAUAUUCAAGAGAAGAGAAAAGAAAUGAACAUAUUCAUCCAUAUGACCAUGAUAAUAAUAAUAAUAAUAAUAAUGAUAAACACAAUAAUAGUCAUUGUUUUGAUAUGUUUAAAUAUAUUUCUUGUGAUAUAAAUAUAAGCUCUAAACAUGUUGUAACUAAAUGUAGGAAUAUCAUAGAUAAUGAUGCUUUUAAUAAUAGAAUACAAUUUGAGUUAUAUGGUUCACAAAUAUAUUUUAAGAAUAUGAUAAACGAGAAAUAUAAAAUAAAAUAUAAUAAAUAUAAUAAAGAAUAUAUAGAAUAUAAUAUAAAAGAUAAAAGUAUUUUACUUAUAUAUGGUGAUUGGUAUAUGUGUGAUAAUUUUAUGAAUAAUAAAAGUCCAAUUAUUUCUAUAAAAGAAUUAUAUGAAUAUAUUGAAGAAAAUAUAAAAAAUAUUAAUGACAUAUUUAAUUGUAUGAAUGGUAGUUUUAUUUUAUUUUACAUACAUUAUGAUAAAACAAAUAUAAAUGUUUAUUUUUUUAAUGAUAAAUUUGGUAUGAAAUCUUUUUUAUAUUUUUAUGAACAAAAAUCAAUAAUAUUUACAAAUAUAUAUGGUCCUUUUAUUAAUUAUAAUUUUAAUUAUAUUCAAAUUAAUAAAAAUGAAUAUAUAUUUGAUGAUAUCUCUAUAAAAGAUGACAUUAAUCUCAUACCUACAUAUGACAUAUUUGCACAGCAUCAUAAUAAUAUAGAAAAUAAUUUUUUGAUACAUAAAAAAAAUUCUGAUGAUAAUUUUAAUAAUAUUAAAUUUAAAUAUAUUCUUAAUAAAGAAAGAAAAGAUCAUACAUUUCAAAAGAGAACAAUAAAUGAAGAAAUUGCUAUAAAUAUUAUGCCACAUUAUAUAUACAACUUAAUACUUUUAAAUGAUAAUGAAACUGACAAAAAAAAAAAUAAUCAUAACCAUAAGGAGAAAAAUAUUUUUAAUAAUGAUAACCAUAAGGAGAAAAAUAUUUUUAAUAAUGAUAACCAUAAGGAGAAAAAUAUUUUUAAUAAUGAUAACCAUAAGGAGAAUAAUAUUUUUAAUAAUCAUAUCAUGCUAAUAAAAAUUUAUAAACAAUAUUGUAUUUAUGAUAAUUCAUAUUAUCAAUGGAAACCAUCUGAUGUAGACCAAUUUAAUAUUUUAAACUUUCAAGAUAUAUUACAUUAUUUUGAAAAAAAAAAUAUCUUUAAUAAACAAGAAAAUAUAUACUUUUUACAUACUAUAAACAAAAUAAUACAAGAUAUAAAUGAACACACUGUUACACAAAAAGAAAAUACAACAUUCUCUCAAAAUAAUAAAAAUAUUAUUCAAUAUAUAAAACUAAAUAAUGUUUUUAUUAACUUAUUCAUUAUCUUAUUAAAUCAUAUUAUAAGUCAAAAAAUUAAACAAUUUUUUCACCUGACUUGUUCAGGCAAAAAGAUAGACAAACUGGAAAAAAUAAAAAAAAAUAAAAAUAAUGAAGAAAAUAAAAAUAUUGAUGAAAACAUAAAAAUUGAUGAAAACAUAAAAAUUGAUGCUAACAUAAAAAUUGAUGCUAACGUAAAAAUUGAUGCUAACAUAAAAAUUGAUGGCAAUUCUGAUGAGUCACAUAUAAAUGACAAUAUGAAUGUCAGGUAUUAUCAAUCUAAAGAAAAAAAAGAAAGAGAAAAAUGCAUAGGCAUAUUUUUUUCUGGAGGUAUUGAUUCAACUCUUUUAACUAUAUUAACUAUAAAAACUUUCUUUCAUUUUUAUGAAGAUGGAUACAUUGAGCUUGUUAAUGUAGUAUUUAAUAUAAAUGCGAUAGAUAGAUAUACUUGUUUUUUGUCUUAUGAAAAAAUAAUUAAUAUAUUUCCUAAUUAUGAUAUUCGAUUGAUUCUUAUUGAUGUAUAUCCAGAUGAUUUAUUAAAAUAUGAGAAAAUUAUAUAUUCGAUUAUAUCUCCUAAUAAUAAAAUUAUGGAUUAUAAUAUAUCGUCAGCAUUAUUCUUUGCUAACCUGGGGAGGGGUUUUUUAUGUCCUCGUAAAUUUUUUGAUUCACAUGAAUGGAAAAAUAUAAAAGAAGAAAAUAUUAUGGAUGUAUUAAAUAUAAGUGAUAUAAGUACUAGUGACAUACAUAUUAGUGAUAAUAAUUUAUGUGAAGAAAAUUCUUUUGACAAGAAAAUUAUUGUAAAAGAAAAAAGAAAGAAAGAGACUACAUCAUCUUCAAAUAUAAAUAUAUUAUAUAAAUGUAGGAUAUGUAAAUAUGUAAUGAAUAAAAAAUGUGUUCAUAAAUGUUGUUCUAUGUGUUGUAAAAAACUACGAUAUAUAUGUAUCAAUGAAAGGAUGGAUGAUAAUAUUGAUAAUCAAACUGAUACAAAAAGAUGUGAUAUAAUUAAUAGUGAUAAUAUUGAUAAUAUUGAUAGUAUUGAUAAUAUUGAUAGUAUUGAUAAUAUUGAUAGUAUUGAUAAUAUUGAUAGUAUUGAUAGUACUGAUAAUAUUGAUAGUAUUGAUAAUAUUGAUAAUAUUUAUGAUGAUGAUGACAAAAGAAAUGAUGAUCGGAAGGAUUUCAUCGGGAUGUAUGAAAUCCACUAUAAUAAACAAAAUAGAAAUAAAAAAAAUAUUUAUUUAAUUGUAAAAAAAGAAAGAAUACUCAUCAACUUUGAAUUAUUUAGAGAAUGCGUAAUACAUAAAGAUAAAUUAUAUGAUUAUAAAAAAAUAGGACAGCUCUUUUCAGAAUUUAAUAAAGAAUUAAAAGAAGAGAAAAUGAAAAAAAUGAAAAAAAUGAAAACAAAAAAUGAAGAAUAUAAAGAAAAAAAUGAGCAUGGAGAAAUUAUAAAAAAUAAUAAAUAUUUGUCAUGUCAUGAAGAAUAUAUAGAAAAAGAUUUUAUUGAUCAAUUUGCAUGUGACAAAGCUGAGAAAAAUGAAAAACAUAAUAUUGAAAAAAUAAAAAACUUAUUUUCGUCAAAAGAAAGUAAAAAAAUCAAUCAAAAUAAAAUGUUUAUAAAUGGUGACCCUACAUAUAAUGAUUCUAAUGAAGACAGUAAUGAAAGUGAAGAAAAAAAAAAAAAAAAAUUUAUUCAUAAUGAUGACCAUUUGAAUUAUUUUAAUAAAAAUAUGUAUUAUCCAUUUAAUAAUAAAGAAGAAAGAGAAAAAUCGUUUUAUAUUUGUAAUCAUGAAUUAUUAAUAAUAGGUAGUGGAGCAGAUGAAUUAUUUGGAGGAUAUUACAGACAAAAUAAUUUUAAUAAAAAAUUAGCAAAAAUAAAAAAAAAUUAUAAAAUGUGUGAGAUGAUUAAAGAUAUUAGAAGAAUCUGGAUAAGAAAUUUAUAUCGUGAUGAUCGUGUUAUAUCAUUUUCAAGUUUAAAAAAAAAAAUUAUUUUUUAUCCAUAUUUAGAUAUGCUUAUGAUUAAUUUCUUAUUUUCUUUACCAUUUUGCAUUAUUGAAAGACCCAUAGGAUAUAUUAUAAAAAAUGAAGAUAACAUAAAAGGAGGAAACAAAAAUAAAAAAUUAAAUUAUGAUGAUAAAGAUAUUCUUCUGAUAGAACAAGAAAAGGAAGAAUUAUAUAACAUAUUAAAUAAAAAAUAUAUAGAUGAGGAUACUUUAAUAUAUUAUGAAGAACAAUACAAUUAUCUUGAUUCACAUAAAUUGAAUGAAUGUCAUAUUAUAUAUGAACGUAUGAAAACUCAAAAAAUGAAUAAGUGGAUUCUUAGGAUGUCUAUUUAUUUUUUAAAUUUUAAAGAUGUUAUGUUUUUUAAAAAAAAAGCUAUACAAUUUGGUUCCAAAUCAAAAAAUAUAAAACGAUAUAUGAAAGAGUCUUUAGCUUCAUUUGCUGAAGAUGGUGAACAAAAUUCAAGGCAGGUUCUAACUGAAAAAAGUGGCAGAGACAAUUACAUAUUAUUAUCAUAA